UCUUGUGGCUUUUAAGCAACCUUUGGUGGAAGUAAUUCUGUUAUUCAAAUUCUCUGCGUGUUCUUCUCCACUUUCUUCUUUCUCUUUAUUACCAAUGUUUAAAACACAACCGCCAUUGACGACCACCAAUGAAGCUUUGAUCCAUCCAUAUGGGAAGGACAAAAGCUAUGGCGGUAACACAUGAGGAUCUUCACCCAAGUCGAAGGAGCUCUGAAUUAGGCAGCAAAAUGGGGACUUUUCUCAUCAUUUUGACCGUCCUUUGUGGCCUUUGUUGCUUCAUUCUUUGCCUCGUUGCCGAGUCUACUCGUUCUCAGGUGAUAUGGAAGGGUAGAGACGAGAAUAAUAACAAGAAGGGAGAGAAGAGAUGCUGGUACAGCGGCAGUGGGAGGACGCCGCUGGUGUGCACGGCGAGCGCGUUUCUCGGCAUGGCGGUGAUGAUGGUGGUGCAACAUUUGUACGUGUUGAUUGCAGUGAGUAAGUCGCCGCCGCCUGCUCUCAUUGCUUGGGACCCUUCUUUUGCCACUUCCAAAUCUCUAACCUUUCAAGCUGCUUUCUUCUUCGUUUCAACAUGGAUAAGUUUCUCAGUGGGAGAGAUUUUACUAUUGAUAGGACUGAGCGUAGAAUCAGGUCAUCUCAAGGACUGGUGGAGUCCAAAAGAGAGUUGCUUGGUGAUCAAAGAAGGUUUGUUCUCAGCAGCUGGGGUUUUUGAGCUGGCGACGGUGUUCCUCGCCGCCGGUCUAUACAUGACGGCGGUGCGAGCACAGAGAUUGUUUGAAGAUCAAGUAAACGUGAGAAGAGAGGUGCUGGAAAGUUACCAUAUCCACAGUUCGCCGCCCCGGUCGCCACCGGUGCAGCCGAUGCCGCCAAUUGCGAGAGAGGACCCUGUGAUCAGACAUAGCCAUCAUCCAGAGUCUCCCUUUUUGUUCUUGCUCCCAUCUUCAGCUGCUUUCUGCAAACAGCUCUCUCGUUGAUUAUUAUUAUUAUUUUUUUAAAGGAGAUGGUUUUAUGAAUUUGUAUAAAAUAGGUUAAAUACUAUUUUGAUUCGGUUUAGUUGUUAACUUUUGUUUA